GUCCACAGAAACGGUGACAUCCAUACCUCACGAUUUCGAAACUGGUGACAUCGCUACCGCGCGUAGAUCUAUAGUUUGAGAAACUGAGACGUCAGAACUGCGUACACGAAUUGAGAACCGGUGACGUCAGUACCACGCAGUUUGAGAAAUGGGGACAUCAGUACCACAGAAUGAUCUUCCUUUGGAGAACCGUUGAAAUCGGUACAUACUUACAGUUUUGAGAACCGAUGAAAUCGGUACUACACACAUGACAGUUUGAAAACCGGUAACAUAGGCGCAAAUAGAUUUCUAGUUUGAGAACCGGUGAAAUAGGUACCACAGCUAAAUCUCCAGUUUGAGAACCGGUGACAUCGGUACCACAGAUACAUGACAGUUUGAAAACCGGUAACAUCGGCACAAAUAGAGCUCUAGUUCGAGAACCGCCGAAAUAUGUACCACGGGUAGAUCUCCAGUUUGAGAACCGAUGAAAUCAGUACCACACUUACAGUUUGGAAACCUGUGACCUCAGUACCACCAAUAGAUCUCCAGUUAGAGAACCGGUGACAUCGGUACCACAGAUAGAUCUUCAGUUAGAGAACCGGUGACAUCGGCACCACAGAUAGAUCCUCAGCUUGAGAACCGGUGACAUCGGUACCACACACACGCCCUCGGUACCACGACGGAGCCGGUCAUGGCGGACUGGGGCUAGAUACUCGGCCCCUCCGGCCCCUCCCCGCACGGCCAGGGAGGAGUUGCCGGUGGAAGAUCUGCACAUGAUUGCUUUACAGUCGGCGCUGGCUGUUGACAUGAGCAACCGUCGGAACGACAGCUUCCGACUGGCAAUAGAGAGUCGUGAGACGGACCAGUGGCAAUCCCCUCUCUACCUCGGACACACAACCUACCUCACAUGCUUCCAGAGAAUGGUCCGACGCGUGGCUAAAGAGUUCCUCCCAGACCAGGUUGACCGCCAGUUUUACGCUGACCGCUACACCUGCUGCCCGCCACCACUGUUCAUACCUAUCAUCACAUUGCUGGAGGUGGGCUGCUUUGUGUACUAUUGUGUGGAAUCCCGUCUGAUCACCUUCACUGGCCCGGUCCCCACAGCCAGCAUCUUCAUCUACCGGCCGGAUCGACGGCACGAAGUCUGGCGCUUCUUCUUCUACAUGAUGGUACAUGCGGGUUAUGUGCACCUUCUGUUCAAUGUGUUGGUGCAGGUGGCAGUGGGCUUGCCCUUGGAGAUGGUGCACGGACCCUGUAGGAUUGCCCUCAUCUACCUGGCUGGGAUUUUGGCAGGUUCUCUUGGUACUUCUGUGUUUGACAUGGACGCCUUCCUUGUGGGGUCCUCAGGAGGGGUCUAUGCCCUGCUGGCUGCCCACUUAGCCAAUGUGUUGUUGAAUUAUUCUCACAUGGAGCUGGGGAUCCUCAAGCUGGCGACAGUUUUUGUUAUUGCGAGUUCUGACGUCGGCUUCGCCAUCUGGACCAGGUACUCCCAGCCCCAGGGAGAAAGUUCGCCCCCUUUGGGCUACACGCCUCACUUGACCGGUGCACUGGCUGGGCUGACUGUUGGCCUGGCUGUGUUGAAGAGCUUCCAGCAACAUCUGCACCAGCAGUAUAUGUGUUGGCUGGCCCUAGCUAUCUACACCGGCUGUGUGGGCUUUGCGCUCUUCUGGAACAUCUUCUACUACUGAGCUGGACAGGCAAUGGACUCUCUUUGCGUGUGUGUGUGUGUGUGUGUGUGUGUGUGUGUGUGUGUGUGUGUGUGUGUGCGCGUGUGCGUGUGCGUGUGCGUGAAAAUGAGAGUGUGGAAGGAGGUUGACAGAGGAGUGACUGAUGGUGAAAAUUGGGAAGGGGGAGGAGAGCAGUGGUGGGGUGAGGAGAAUUCCUUUUGAGCUAGCUGUGAUGUGUGAAUAAUAUUAAUAUUUUAAAAAUAUUUAUCUUCAACUCCCACAAUGAAUCGCACAAGUCAGUAUGAAGUUAAUCAACUUUGCUGGACCCGAUUUCUGACAAUUACUGCUUGGUUGGUAAAAUGCCAAAUACCAGAGACUAAUUCUUGCAUUUCAUUAGGAGAUUUGAGUCUGAUGUUAACUGAUUGUUACUAAGUAGUGUGAUCAACAAAGAUCAUGAUGUGUGUCAGACAAGCACUUUGCAGUACAUUGAAUUAACACUGUCUAGUAUGUUGGCAAAAGAUCAUGUGAGGUGUUUGACAAGGACUAGUUUAUUGGACUAAGACUGCGUAGAGUGUUGGAUAAAGAACGUGCACUUUGUAGGACAAGGACUCUGUGGUAGACUGGACAAAGACUCUGUAGUGUGUAGGAAAAAAGUUAUUGUCGUAUGUUGCACAAGGACUUUUCUAGAUCAUUGGACAAAGACUUUGGUGUAUUGAACAAAGACGAAUUUCCGUAAUUUGUUGAACAAAAACCACAUAUUGUCUCGGAAAAGAACUAGAUCUAUAUUGAUGUGUUGAAGAAUAAUUUCUUUUUGUGUUGGGUAAAGCAAAGACUGCUUAGUUUAUUGGAGGGAGAUGGUGCGUUAUAUUUCCUUGUAAAUAGAGAAAGUGAGAUAUAUUCUUGAUUCUUAUUAAUUUACUCUAUAGGGAUGGCGAUGGGUGGGAACACAUGUAGCUGACGUCUGUGUUCAGUUAGGACUAAUAAUAGACAGGGCCUACAGGGGAUCUCCCAGGCCACCCGGUGGAAUAAAAUCAGGGUUUGGGAAACCGGUUAAGAAUUAAGACGUUAAUGAAAAUGUUGCAUUUGUCAUGUAUUUCAUCUCAUGGUUGUGAUCAUGGGAUAGUUUUUUGCUACAGCUUGUAUUAUAUAUUAUAUUGGAGAUGGGCUCACAGUGAAUGCUGUGACCCAGAAGCUGCUGUUUGUGAUUAAUAAAGAAGUGUGUACUAAACACAUUUAUGAAAAUGUG